CGGCCGCGAAUCCGGAUCGGGAGGCGUCGCGCCGGAGUCACCCCGGGCCAGGGCCGGCCUGCUUGCCUCCCUCCCUCCCUCCGGUGGGCGGGUGGGCGGAUCGCAGCGCUGCGGCGCCACAGCCGCCGGAGCAGCCGCCGGGAGCCGGCCGGAGCGGGCAGAUGCCCACAAAGCGAUCGCAUUAAUGAAGCACAUUGUCACGCUUGAUAAGAAAAAAGAUUGCGGGUUGGAAAAAGGACUCUAAAAGCCAGAAGAAACAAACAAGGAAGUACAUGUGGAGAAAUGUCUCCAGCUGGUGGAGGAGCAGAGCUUCUGGAGAUAUUCUUUUGUGGUCUCAGAGAAAAUCCUUAAUUCGAAAGUAUAUUUAUAAUCGCAACCGGGUCUUGUCUCCUGGGUUCGUACUUAAUGGAACAAGGUCAGGAUUUGAUCAGAAAUCUAUGUUAAACCAUUAAAGGAGCAAGCCACCGAUGACAAAACCGUUGCCAUCCCAUCAAGGAGAUGAUACAAUUUUUUGAUUGCAGACGUCGAGCAGAAUCUUUUCAGUAAGAUACAGGAGAGAAAAAAACAACCUGCUAUUAAAAUUGCUUGUUAACAAAAAUAUUAAGAAAAAGAGAACACUGAUUUUUCAGUCUUCCCCAAGACAUUUUUGUAAGAUAAGACUACUAUGAUUGCUUCUAGCCAUUUCAAGAUCAUGAAAAGACUUUGCGAAGAGAGAGUACAUCGAGUUUUAUAAUGGUGAGCCUACACUACACAUAUAAAUGGGCUUGACAGAGAUUCCUUCUUCUCAGAGAUUCCUGGAAACUGUGUUUCUGUCAACAGGAGGUCCCUAAAAAAAGAAUCCUUAGUACUGUCAACAAACUUUAUUUCCCAGGAUCCAGUGGGGGGUAGCCAUGACAAUGAAGCUGGUAUAAAAUGGAUAUAUGGGUAGUAUAGCUUUGCCCCAAGUGUGCCUUUCCUCUAAUACAUUGCCACAGAAAAGAAAUUUAAUUUCCACAAACAAGAAUGCAAGUCCAAAAUAUGGAUGAAGCCACUACAGACGUUCAGAAAGAGGGUACACAGCCAUUAGAAGAUCCAAAGAGAGCAAAGACCUUCCCUCCAAAUGAAGGCCCAGUCAAGAAGGCCUCUGUUUUUUGCUUUAAGAAAAGGAAGAAACCCUGUAAAGAUGGACUAGACAAAGAUGAGGACCAGGGAUCUGAGUCACUAGACAUGAAGUCCACCAACCAGCAUUCCAGCACUGUGUUGAACAGUGAAGAAGAGGAACCAAAGCCAUCUUGGACAUCAGGAGGAGCCUGGUUGGCCUUCAAACGUCUUGUGACCUUGAGAAGGCGGUCCAGAUUUGCUCUGAAGAAGGAAGAUCAGUUAGGAUCUGAGGUUCAAGUGGAGAGCAGCGUGGAAGAUUCCAGCCUGUGUCAUUUGCCGAAGGAACCGGGUAGUUCUGGACUUCGAAUCCCCUGCCUGAGGUUCUCCAGAGGCAAGAAGAAGUCUAGUCCUUCCGAAACAACGGAGGAGCCAGACCAGGACAAGAAAACAAACGAAAUAACAAACCUUUUCAGUAACAAAGCCAACCAUGAGCCCGAGAGCAUAGUCACGGACAAUUCAGUGAGCAGUGUACAGUCCUGUACCAGAGGCCCUGAAGAGACUGACCGUGGUGUUGAAAUUACCCACGGGGACAUGAUUAUCUCCUCAGGAGAGAACACGUUGGCAGUGGAGAUGAGACCUUGCGCUGACCACUACACAGACUGCCUCCUCCAGUCGGAAAUAAUCCAUUCUGAAACCGUUCUCGAAACGGAACAGGAGAAGCAGAUCUUUCAGUUACAUCAUGGAAGCCUUUAUGGAAGUCCCGAAGAAGCAGAGAACCAUAAAAUCGACUUUGGCGUCGAGAUAGGCCCUCUCGUUUCUCAAGACCUUCCAGAAGACAAACCCACAGUCGUCGAACUGCAAAGUACCAUCAACAGGCAAACCGAAGAGGUGGAACUGGAAAUAUCCGCAAAGGACAUCAAUGUUGGAGAGGAGAACGUGGCGAAGGAAAGUCAUUCCGUGGAAGUCCUCCUCCACUGUAGCCCGUGCGUGUUAGCCGGCGAGACUUUGAAUGUGCCCAACUGUUUCCCUGAGGAAGUGAAAUCUGAAGAAAAUAAAUUGUCUCUUGGAGCGGGCAUAGUUAUUACUAUCACCGAAGCGGAAGAAUUCCAGGACGAAGAGGAGACCAGCCCGGCCUGUGAAUUCUUCCCAUUUUCUCACACCAGCAAACAGAAAGGGAGCAAAAAAUCAGACAAAGGUGUACAUUCUAGAGCAGGGAGCAGCGGCCAUACGAGGGAAGGGAAAACUGCCUCCCAGGUUUCGUCGCCCUUAGGGGCAAACAAUCAGGAGCGCCGGACUCCAGAGCAACAAGAGAUACUUCUGAUCGAAACAGCCGCUUCUCUGGUCAAGGCCGCCAUUCAGUCAUCCAUCGAACAGCUUGUGAACGAAAUGGCUCUGGAUCAGAAUAAGCAAAACAGCUUCAUGUGAUCGCAGACGUUCCUUGGUCGUCUGGACCUUUUCUGUCACCAGGCAGCCGGAGAUAACGGCCGCGUGCUGGACUCUGAGCGCCAAUAACGGGAUCAAAUGAUCUUAAUACGAUCGCUAAUGGCGGGGAGGGGAUUUUCUGCCUCAGGUGCUAAAAUUACUUGGCCCACCCCUGCCAGAAAUUCAACAUGUAUGCUGUAGGAAGAUUUAGGGGAAGUCAUGAUGUAUUUCAACUUGGCAUGAAAGAGUAGGAACGGCCUUUGGAAGUUUGCAGUGUCUUGUCAGUAUCUUAAAUUUGCAUGUUAGUGACACGGAUGCAUUUUGUUUGUCCCCCCCAAAAAGUAGAAUUUAAAAACGAGGGCUGUUUGCUGCAUGGUACCACAGGCUAAUAGUUUGUUCUGUGUGGUAGAUUUAGGAAAGCUCGUUGAUGACUCCAUCUUUCAACCGUCCAUUUAUUUCAUUUGCCUGAGCAAACUCAUUCGAAGCGUAAGCUGGUCUGUAGAAUAAGACGGCUCGGCAAUGCUAAAUUGAAAUUGAAUCGAAUGGGUCCUUCGGAGAUCCGACACGGACAGCGAUGAUUUGAAAUCAAAGAGUAACUUUUGCCGUUCCUGUACGAAGCAGCACAGAAAGAUUAGAAGGCCAGGAAGGCGCCGUGAGUUCAACAGAAUGGCAUUUUCAUUUCAGGAAGCGCGAUGUUCCAAAGCACUGUUCUUGCAAUGUGACUGGUUUGUGCCAAAAUGAAUAGGAAUCUCUCCAACAGAUAAUAAAAAAUCUGAUCCAGGGGGGGAAAAAGAUCUGUAUAAAACCCUAACCCUUCCAGGCGCCUCUAGGUGCAUUCCCCUACCCCAGUGAUAGCGAACCUUUUUGAGACCGAGUGCCCAAACUACAACCCAAACCCCACUUAUUUAUCGCAAAGUGCCAACCUGGCAAUUGAACCUG